UAUCAAGGGGAGGGACGUCAGAAAUAGUUACUGAGGAAGAACACACACGAAUAGUUUCGGUUAGCCAGCACAACUUUUGCUUCUCUGAAGCACUUGCCGUUUAACCAAGCGUUAAAAAGUCCAUAAACCGCAACAUUGGCCGAGCUAUGUCAAAACAGAAAGAUUUACCAGGACGAGGGAAGAAUAUAGGCUAUCUAGACGAACUGUGUGACGAACACACGAUCAACGGAUGAUUUACCUGAGAUACAGAGAACUGAAGACAAGGAAGAUGGUUUUACUCUGGUUAUGUAAUCCUCUUCAAUUUGGAUCUUAUCUAAGUAAAUAACUUCCCGGGGAUCCGCCAGUAUGUUUGAGGGGAACGGCAACGGGGCCAUCAGUUCUAAUGAGGGACAUUUUAAUGCCCCUCUGGGAGCAGAGGCACUGCCCUCGAAAGAACCAAGAGAAGAAACAAACGCCUCAGGAAACAACGCAAGCAACUCGGACUCCCCCAAAAACAGAAUAGCAAGCCAGUUCCGUGCACAUCUGGAAGAGCGGCUGUCCAGGCAUGGUCCUCGGUCGCUGUCCCCCGCGUCCAGCGCCACCUCCUCCUCGCGCAGAUCCAGGCUCCACAAACCGCCGGAGGGCUGCGAGCCGGGCGCCUCCCGGAAACUGUCAGUGGAUGCUUCGGAGAAAGGCUCCCUCACCCCCGCUAUGCGAAAGAAGUAUCUAAAGGAGUUAUUUCUGAAUAACAGAUCUGGAUUUUCAAGUAUUUUAUCAUCCAAACACAAAUCUUCAGAAGAGGAGGAAAGCGCAGCGUAUGGCGACACCCUGAACAGCGGCUAUGCGCUGUGGGCUUUGGACCCCAUGGAGCACGCGUGGAUGCUUUCUGCUGUGGAUGGAAAUUAUGACACCAUGCUAGAGUUUCUGGCUGAAGAUCCUAGUUUACUGAGCAGAAAAGACUUUAUCAGUGGAUUUACGGCUCUUCAUUGGUUGGCCAAAAACGGUAGGGACGAGACACUGCUUCAGCUUCUCCGGCAUGUUGAAAAGCAGGGUCUGUCAGUGAACGUCAAUCUGAGGGGCAGUGGAGGUAUGACUGCUCUUCAUGUGGCUGCCAUGCACGAGCAGUACAUGGUGGUUAAGGUUUUAGUUGGUGCAUUCAGUGCCAACAUAGACGUCAUGGACUACAAUGGGAAAAGGGCAUGGCAAUAUCUCAAGGAAAGAGCACCAAGAGAAAUGAAGGAGCUUUUGGGAGCCUGGGAUGAACAACACACUGUAGGACACUUGAAUGUGAAUAACAGUGCAAAUCAAGCACAGUCAGUUGAAGAACAUGUUCAAGAAAAUAAAGCAGAGGUGGACGGUUCAGGAGGAAUCACACGCCAGAGAUUCACAUCAUUCAAGAGGUUGUUGUACAGUGUUGGACUGAUUGAAAAGAUCUGAGACUUCAAAUAUAAUGCUUGUUGAUCAAUACUUGGUGUAUUAAUUAUAAUUAACUUGGUGAGACUGGCAAAUAUUUGACUUAAUAAUAGUGUUGUGCAUUAUGAUUCAGUUUUUAAUAAACCAAGACUGCAAUACUGCAGACACUUGUUUGCCUUAAGUCACAUCAAAAACACGAACCAUAAAGAUAACCAAGUUUUCAAUAGGUUAGCAGUCUACAUUAUACUGAUAAUGGCACAGAACACAGCUGGCAUCACUUUAAAAACCAUUCUUUCCGGUUUAUAUUUUCUACUAACGAGAAAGCCCAUCGCAAAUCUGGUUGGUGAAUUCCUGUGCCACCAGGGGUUUUAAAAUUAAAGCUAAAAAGAUAAGCAAAACAAAGUAUUACAUUUGUGUAAGAUUUUUUUUUUUUUGCAGAACCACUCAAUGGAGAAUGUAAACUCUGACAUUUGCCAUUUCACAAAAGAGAAGGAUGCACGUAAUUCUGGUUCGAUGACAAAUCGUUUAUUGUUUAGCAAGGACAUAACCAGAAUAUCUGUACAAAAGAGAGACUGCUGUUCCAGAUAGCAUGGCUUCUCUCCAGCUCUGGAUGAGUUGGUG